AGGGUAUGGCAGCCUUGAAGAAGUUCUUUAUCAAGCAGAAGCUUGCCAAAAAGCAAAAGCAAAACAGGCCGAUGCCACAGUGGGUGCGCAUGAAAACCGGAAAUACGAUGAAAUACAACGCAAAGAGACGCCACUGGAGACGUACCAAGCUGAAGCUCUAAGUGUCCAGCUGUCAAAUGCUGCCACUUUUUGUUAUUUUAUGUUAUCGAUCUUUUCUCGAUAAAAUUGUUGUUAGCGCU